CCGGUCACAUGCUAGGCAAGCUGGAUCAGCUGACAUCACCCAGCUUCUCCUUUCAAUGCUCUCGUCUUCUCCAUCGACCGAUAGCGUGUCUUAAAAACAGCGUUAUUUCGUUUUCUUAGCGUCAAAUUGUUAGAUUGCAGGCGAGGAUAUCUCGCUGAUCCCGCAGGUUAGACGGCCGGAUAGAUGCUGCUAGAGUGGAUGAUGAACGGACACGCUAUUUUGUACACGGGGGUCACUUUGGCCUUCUGGAGCACCAUACUAGUCGUCGGUCUCUGCUAUACCAUAUUUGACCUGGGAUUCCGCUUCGAUGUGGCAUGGUUCCUCACAGAGACCUCUCCUUUCAUGUGGGCCAAUCUGGGCAUUGGCUUGGCCAUCUCUCUGUCUGUGGUGGGAGCAGCCUGGGGGAUCUACAUCACUGGCUCAAGCAUCCUUGGUGGUGGAGUCAAAGCUCCACGAAUCAAAACCAAGAAUUUGGUUAGCAUCAUCUUCUGUGAAGCUGUGGCGAUCUACGGGAUCAUCAUGGCCAUUGUAAUCAGCAACAUGGCCGAGAACUUCAGUGGAACAACCCCCGAGACCAUCGGGGCAAGGAACUACCAAGCUGGUUACUCCAUGUUCGGAGCCGGCCUGACCGUUGGCUUCUCCAACCUCUUCUGUGGCAUCUGCGUUGGCAUCGUGGGCAGCGGAGCCGCGCUGGCAGACGCCCAGAACGCCAACCUCUUCGUGAAGAUCCUCAUUGUGGAAAUCUUUGGCAGCGCUAUCGGCCUGUUCGGUGUCAUUGUAGCCAUUCUGCAGACAUCGAAAGUAAAGAUGGGUGACUAGAAGAUGCAUUCACACGCUGAGAAGAUAAAAAAAAAAAAAAAAGACACUGCUGGAAAAUAAGACGGAUUAUUGUGUAAAUACAUCGUAAAUUAUUUAAAUGUCUCUAUUUGCCUGGUAUUGUUCUUUUACCCAUCAUUUAUGCAAGAGUGGUACGUGCACAGCCGGCUGUCUUUUCUUGAGAGAAACAUAAAUGUUGAAUAAGAGGAGUGGGGAAAAAAAAAAAAAGAUUGCAGUGUUUCCGGAUUAUAAAUGAUUGAACCUUCAGUUCAGUUUGAUGAGUAGUACAAUCAGAAUGUUCAUGAAUUUCGAUCUGUUUCCUCACACCAGCCAGUCUGUAGUCUGACGAGCUGUGGAGACAACGUGCCGCGUCAUCAAAUGGAUCGAAUCGCUCUCAAAACGUACCGAUGGGUUCAUAGUCAUGGGUUCUGACUUUCUUCUGACCACUCUUGGAUAAACGAUGAGUUUUAAAAUGACACCGGAGAAUUUGAAAAUAUUUCUGUGUGUGGGUGUCUGUUUGUGUGUGUAUGCUGGACAAGUGAUUUUUCUUUUUUUCAUGUGAAGCAUGAGGGUGUUUGCCAUUGUGUUCAUUACUGUAGCCUGGUCUGUCAGUCAUCUUUUUCUUUUUGUUCUGCUAAUAAUAAGCACGUGGUCCUUAAUCCACGCAGUGGCCCAAAUGCAGUAUUCUCUAGGCCUCCCGCUGUAGAAGUGAGAGGAUCUAUGAAGUUUAGGAUUGGAGUACUGAUCUGGAAUCACUAGUAAGGUCACUCGAGGGUUGGACGUGCUCUUUGGGAGGCAUCCUGUCGUUCAUUUCCUUAGUUCCUCAAAGCGUUCUGGAGCUCAGAUAUCGACAUUUGAGACCAGUGAGCCUCCUGAACACAGCUGCCAGCCAUAACUUCCUUGUUUACCCCCCCGAGUCUCCUUUAUUUAGUUUGUUUUAACCUGGUUCCUCUUCAGUAGUUUUUACGAGAAUGUGGUGGCCAUGAAAGUGGAUUGUUCAGUGUUGACGAGAGGGAAGCCAAAAGAUUUUGGAUAUCCAAAAUACUUUCUUUUUUGUUUUGUUUGCAGAUGCUCAAGUUUAAGUCAAAGUUGCUAUCCUCUUUCUCAAGUCACUGUUUAUGGACAACUUUAUGGAUGCAGGCUUUUUAAAAUAUCCUCAUUUUACACAGAAAUUCUGCAAAUCCUCUUUUUUUUUUUUUUUUUUGUUUUUAUUAAACUGUCUUGUUUUGAAUGUACGUCUUAACAUGUUAGCUGUACAAAUCUGCGUUCCCAAUAUUUUCUAACAUUCCUUAAAGAAGCGUAACUUGUGUGUGUAAAGCCGAGUUGUAUUUGUGGGUAGAGUGCAAUUUGAAUGAUACAAUUAGACUUCUGCUAUAUCACGACAAAGCCAUAAAAAAAAAAGACAAAUCAAAGUUCUGAAUGAGUACAAACAUUAAAUCUUUAACGAGAGGAAACCGGACUCUGUAAUAUACGUAGACCUCCUCCCAAAGGUGUCAAAGCAGCAAGAUCUCCUUUAAUCCGAGCUGUAACUCCAGUGUUCCUUUGGCGAACCAGGCUCUGUACCAAACCCCAGGCUUUCAGUGAGUGUAGUUGGUACCGUGUGUGCAUUAUGUUGAUGUGAUGGUGAUCAGAAAAUACACUCAUUGUUUUUGACAGUGUACGAUGAUAACAAAAACAGAUCUUCCUUCUGGCUUCAUAAAUGUCCUUGAGAAAAUAAAAUUGUCCAAUCAGGA